AUGCCCUUAACUGCUCAGAGGAUCUAAGAAGCUACAGAUAUGUCUGCUGAGCUUCCUGCAACAACAGUGGUUACAGAAAUGGACACUUUCACAGCUUCUCAGACAAACAGCUCCAUCUGUGAUUUGUAUGAGCACAAAGAUACAGCACGGAUACUACUGUCUGUCUUCUACAGCUCCAUCUUAAUUUUUGGAGUGCUUGGAAACACCAUUGCCCUCACUGUCAUUUUUAAAAACAGAAAGAAGAUCAACUCCACUACCCUCUAUUCAACAAAUCUCGUCUUCUCUGAUCUUCUGUUCUGUAUUGCCUUGCCUACAAGGAUAGCCUACUAUGCCCUGGGAUUUCACUGGCCAUUUGGAGAAGUAUUGUGUCGAAUAACUGCUCUCUUGUUCUACAUCAACACUUACGCAGGUGUAAACUUCAUGACAUGUUUGAGCAUUGACAGGUUUUUUGCUGUUGUCCACCCUUUCCGAUACAAGAUCAGAAGGAUUAAAUACGCCAAGGGAAUUUGUGUCUUUAUCUGGUUACUUGUAUUUAGUCAAACUUUCCCAUUACUUAUACAACCCAUGUCACAGGAAGAAAAAGAAAGGACUACAUGUAUGGAAUACCCAAACUUUGAAAAAAUUGCACAUCUACCGCUUAUACUCCUUGCUGCCUGUUUAGUAGGGUACCUUAUUCCCCUGGGAAUUAUACUAUUUUGUUACUCUCAAAUUAGCUGCAAACUUUUUCAAACAGCCAAGGAAAAUCCACUGACUGAAAAAUCAGGGAUAAACAAAAAAGCCAUCAACACCAUCAUAUUUGUAAUUAUAGUGUUCAUCAUCUGCUUUACCCCUUAUCACGUUGCAAUCAUACAACACAUGAUUAAGAAGCUUCAGAGUGAGCCUUCAUGCACUGAAAAUAAAAUUUUCCAGAAGUCACUCCAUUAUACUGUGUUUCUGAUGAAUUUUAACUGCUGCCUAGAUCCUUUCAUCUAUUUCUUUGCAUGCAAAGGAUACAAGAGAACUGUAAUGAAAAUACUGAGACGACAAGUGAGUGUAUCGAUUUCAAGCGCUGCCAGGUCACAUCAUGAAGAAAGCUCACGUGAUGUGGGAGAAACGCAAAUGACGGUACUUCCAAAAUCUCCCAAUGCGAAGCUACCUGAGAAACCAAAUCUGUAG